AUGACUGUCACAGCACAGCACGGCAAUCCGAACACUGACAGUAAUCCCAACACUGACAGCAAUCCGAACACUGACAGCAAUCCAAACACUGACAAUAUUCCGAACACUGACAGCAAUCGGAACACUGACAGCAAUCGGAACACUGACAGCAAUCCAAACACUGACGGCAAUCCAAUCAUCGACAGCAAUCCGAACACUGAGACCGAUCUGAACACUUGCAGCAAUCCAAACACUGACAGUAAUCCAAACACGGACAGCAAUUCGAACACUGACAACAAUCCAAACACUGACAGUAUUCCGAACACUGACAGCAAUCCAAACACUGACAGCAAUCGGAACACUGACAGCAAUCCAAACACUGACAGCAAUUCAAACACUGGCAGUAAUCCGAACACUGACAGCUAUCUGAACACUGACAUCAAUCCGAAGUCUGAGAGCACUCUGAACAUUGACAGCAAUCUGGAUACUGACAGCAAUCUGAGCACUGACAGCAAUCCGUACGCUGACAGCAAUCUGAGCACUGACAGCAAUCUGAACACUGAGAGCAAUCCGAACACUGACAUCAGUCCGAACACCGACAAUAAUCUCAAUACUGACAGUAAUCCUAAGACCGACGGUAAUCUGAACACUGACAGCAAUCCGAACAUUGACAGCAAUUCAAACACUGACAGCAAUCUGAACACUGACAGUAAUCCGAACACUGACAGCAAUUCAAACACUGACAGCAAUCCAAACACUGACAACAAUCUGGACACUGACAGCAAUCCGAACAUUGGCAGCAAUUCGAACACUGACAGCAAUCUGAACACUGACAGCAAUCUGAACACUGACAUUAAUCCGAACACUGACAGCAAUCUGGACACUGACAGCAAUUCGAACACUGACAGCAAUCUGAACACUGACAGUAAUCCAAACACUGACAACAAUCUGGUCACUGACACCAGUAUUGUCGACACUUACAAAAAUCUGGACAGUGACAGUCAUCUGGACAUUGACAGUAAUCUGGACGCUGAGAGUGAUCUGGUCGGUGAACGCAAUGUGGACACUGAAAGUUAUCUGGAGAGUGACAGUGAUUUGGACAGUGAUGGUGACCUGGACAGUGACAGUGAUCUGGACAGUGACAGUGAUCUGGACAGUGACAGUGAUCUGGACACCCUUGCCCUUUGUCUGGACACUGAUAUCAUUCUGGACAAUGUCGGUAAUUUGGACAGUGAGAGUAAUGUGGACACUAACAGAACUCUGGACACUUACUUUAAUCUUGUCACAGAAAGGAAACUAAUCUCUGAUAGUACUCUGUACACUGUCAGUUGUCUGAACACUUAUAUCAUUCUGGACAAUGACGGUAAUCUGGACAUUGAGAGUAAUGUUGACAAUAACAAAACUUUGAACACAGAUUUUAAUAUUGUUACUGAAUGA